AUGCUAGAACCACUUGCAUCCUUUGGUAAUGCAAAAACCCAGACAACAAACACAAAUCUGUCGAGAUCAGUGUCACUUUCUGUUCUCGAUCAAUAUGGAAACAAAGUGGAAAUUAAGGCGAAUUCAACCAAUCCGAUUGAGAUCUUUAUCCCGCGUGAUCCAAAUACGAUUAUUCCAGUGAUGACAAUGCAAAACGUGACUGCACUAACGAAUUCAACAGCUCACAAUCAAUUGUUCUCGUUUCACUACGUCAAUCUCUCCGAUCCUCUGUCAGUUUCCGUUCAUGUAGAAAUCCAUCCAAUAACAAGCAAUAUUUCCUACUUAUUGAUUUAUAAAUUUGAUCAAAUACCGCAAUUGAAUGCAUCAACGAAUAACAUCGAUGGAUGGACUGUACUCUGUUCUGCAAAUUUGAAUAAUGAUAGUCUGUACACGUAUUUUAUUGACAACCAACACACAGACGAUCAUCAGUCGGUGGUAUUUGGUUUAAGAGAACUGAAUACAACUGAAAUACAAGAUUUUUGUCACAAUUCUUCAAUGUCAACUCCUCCGAUAACAAACGAGCGAUUUUCAUUUCAAUCCAACUAUCAAAUUCGUUUUUACACAUCGGGUUGUUACUAUAUGGAUGCAAACAACCAAUGGAAUUCCGAUGGAGUCAUUGUUGGAUCACAAACCAAUCAUUAUGCCACCCAAUGUUACUCCACUCAUCUGACUACAUUUACCAGCGGUUUUCGCGCGGUACCAGAUGCAGUCAAUUGGAGUUAUGUGUUUGCCAAUGCAGAUUUUGUUCGAAAUAAAACGAUUUAUUUGACGAUUAUCUGUGUAGCAGUGAUUUACAUUCUUUUAGUUAUUUACGCACGGUAUAAAGACAAGAAAGACUUGGAAAAAUUGGGUGUCACACCAUUACCUGAUAAUAGCAAAGAAGAUGGAUACUUCUAUCAGAUUAUCGUCUUUACUGGUCAGAGAAAUAACGCCGGAACGAAUUCGAAGGUUCAUUUUGUACUCUCGGGUGAUGAUGAUGCGACGAAUGUUCGAACACUUUCCGACCCGCGUCGAAAGAUCCUUCAGACUGGUGGAAUCGACGCAUUCAUCAUGAGCGUUCCAAAAUCCCUCGGAUUGCUGAAUUGCAUCCGCAUUUGGCAUGACAACAGCGGCAAAGGUUCGUCAUCGUCAUGGUUUUUGAAAUAUUUGAUCAUUCGGGAUCUCCAAACCAUGCAGAAGUUCCAUUUCAUUUGUCAACGAUGGCUCGCUGUCGAGAAAGAUGAUGGAAAGAUCGAACGUCUGCUACCAAUAGCAACUGAAAUGGAGAAAAGCACAUUCUCCUACGUCUUAGCAAAGAAAUCGUACCAUAGCAUAUCGGAUAGUCAUUUAUGGUUUUCCAUCUUUUCUCGUCCACCGUCGAGUAAAUUCACUCGCGUUCAACGUUGUACAUGUUGUUUUGUUUUAAUUAUGGUAUCGAUGUUUUUGAAUAUCAUGUACUACGAUUUGACUAAUGAAGCAAAAACAAACACCGCCAUGAACAGCGUUGGAAUAAGAAUUGGUUCAUUCUCUCUAACAUUCGAACAGGUUAUUAUCGGUAUCAUUGUGGAGCUGAUGGCACUAGUUCCCAGUUUAUUGCUCGUUCAGCUGUUUCGACGUCUCCGUCCUCGUCGAAAUCAAAUGUCACCAUUACGUGAAGCUUUGUACAAAAUGAAUUCACCGUUAAGCGAAACCAAUAUCGAUCAACCACGAAAGAAACGAAAAUUAGGAUUUACAUUCGCUUGGUGGUGGAUAUUUAUCGCAUAUGCGCUGUGUGUCGCCUUAGCUGGUGUGUCAGCCGUUUUCAUCAUUGCUCGUGGAAUCGAGUUUGGAGACGAGAAGACUCAAAAAUGGUUAAUAUCUAUCUUAAGUGGACUCUUCUCUUCAAUACUACUAACGCAACCAUUAAAAAGUCUAUGCCUGGUAAUCAUCUUUGCGUACUUUUGUCGAAAAUCCGAUGAUGAUAAAGAAGCAGAUGGAUACCUAGAUGAUGAACACAUUCAUUUGGAUACAGAUGAAGAAUAUCUUCAUUCGAUGAAGGAUAACUUGUUAGAUACUUCUCAAAGAACAGUUCGCGCAAAUCGUUUAAACGAAAGCGAAGUGCUCUGUGCACGUAAACGACGUUUGAAAGAAAUUCAAAUGUGGUCGGUUCUUCGCGAAGCUCUUAUUUAUAUGUGCUUCCUAUCACUUCUCUACCUUGUUUCUUACUCAAAUUAUCAAUCGAAUGCAUUUUUCCAAGUUAAACAUUUACGAAGUUUCCUUCUAAACCCUCGUCAAGACGAUUUGGAUUAUACGAAGGUUUCCACAAUAGAUGAGUAUUGGAAUUGGUUAGAGAACAGUUUCGUGUCGAAUACUCGUGCCCAAAAAUGGUACAAUGGUGAAUUGCCUCGCAAUCUGAGUGGAUUCAUGAAUGAUAAAUCCUCGCGAUUAAUCGGCUGGAUAACUAUGCGUCAAUUGCGUAUUAACUCAGUACUAUGUCCAAGUCAAUUCAAUGAAAUCAUUUCCGUUUGUGAAUACGAUUACAGUUUCUCGAAAGAAGACAAAAAGUCUUACGCACCAGGAUGGCAAAAUCAAACGACACAAACAUUUAGUGCAUCUAUAGAGAAGGCAUUCAGGUAUGCUUCAAGUAAAGAUUUAGAUACAUAUGUUUAUGUCGGAAAUCAUGGAACUUACGGAGGCGGUGGUUAUGUUUACGAAUUUCGCGGUCGAUUGUCGGAUUUACAAAGCAAUUUAUCUGAACUUCAUUCAUUAGGUUGGAUUGAUCAACGCACGCGUAUGAUACUCAUUCAAUUAAGUUUAUACAAUCCGAAUGUUCAGUUAUACACUUCGGCUAGUCUUGCAGCGGAAAUUCUGUCAACUGGUACAAUUGAACCGUCAGCUCGUUUCGAACCGAUGAAUUUCAAUGCAUUUGCAUCGAUCUUUCAAUUGGUUUAUGUGAUUUUCUAUAUGGUUAUGAUUGUCUAUUUUAUGUGGAAAGAAAUCCGUGCGUUGUUAGAACUGAAGUCGGAAUAUUUCUAUCGAUUUUGGGCAUACGUUGAUAUCGGUAUCAUUGCUUGUUCGUGGACAAGUGUUGGCAUUUACAUUUGGCGAUACAAAGAGAGUCAACGCAUUGGUGAAUUAUUUUCCGAAACGAAUGGCUAUGUUUAUAUUAAUUUACAAUUAGCUACGUAUAUCAAUGAUACUUUAACAUAUCUGUACGCAUUCUGCUGUUUCUUUGGUACAAUUAAAUUUGUUCGUCUUUGCCGACAUAGUCAACGUCUGUGUUUGUUUAUUCAAACAAUUCAAGAUGCGAAGAAAGAAUUACUCUCAUUCGCGUUUAUGUUCUCAAUUGUAUAUAUGUCGUUUGUUUGUUUAUUUUAUUUCUUAUUCAUAUCGAAAUUACCGGAAUGUUCGAGUUUAUUGGGAACAGCGCAAAUGUUGUUUGAAAUGACUUUGAUGAAAUUCGACGCACAUCAACUGAGUGGAGCAGCAGCAUUUCUCGGUCCGUUCUGUUUCAGUUUAUUCAUCAUUUUAGUGGUGUUUGUUUGCAUGAGUAUGUUCCUAACGAUUAUUAAUGAAAGUUUUCGUCGCUGUCGACAGAAUCUUCAAAGUGAUGAUCAAGAAAUCUUUUCGUUCAUGUUGGACAGACUUCAACAUUGGAUAGGUUGGAAGAAAGCAACGGAAGAAGACGUGUAUGAAGCACGAGAUACUUCAAUGCGGGAUGAAUAUUUCCAUCCAAUCGAAGGAUUUCCUGAUCGUAUUGAUCAAUUAUUGGAUGCACUUAAUCGAAUUUACAUAUCACAAACAAAUGACAAAACACACAUGAAAGACAUUUAA